AUGACUGAAACGUUCCUUCAGCUCAAAGUCCUCCUCAUAGGUAGAGGUGCAAGAGAGCAUGCACUAGCCCUCAAACUCAGCCAGUCAAACCACGUCAGUAAGAUCGUUGUCGUUCCAGGAAAUGGUGGAACAUACACCGAUAUACCCAAAACCUGCAAUGUUGGUGGAAUCGACGAGAAUGACUUCCAGGGGCUUUUGAAGCUGGCUCAAGAGCUGAAAAUAAAUAUGGUCGUGCCGGGCCCCGAUGCACCAAUCGUAAAUGGUAUCGGGGAUUUGUUCCGAGAAGCAAAAAUAUGGUGCUUUGCGCCUUCGAAAGCAGCAGCCCAAAUUGAGGGGUCAAAAGCUUUCUCAAAAGAUUUUAUGGAACGCCACAAAGUCCCCACAGCAACCUACGCAAGCUUUAAAAAUACUCACAAUGCGAAACAGUACAUUGACGACUGCACAAGCCAUGAUCUACUGCGCCGAGUGGUGAUCAAAGCAUCAGGUCUCGCAGCCGGAAAAGGUGUGGUCAUCCCACAAACGAGAGACGAAGCUUUCCAAGCCCUAGACGAGAUGAUGCUGGCUGACAAAUUUGGUGAAGCCGGAAAUGAAAUUGUGAUCGAGGAGUUUCUCGAAGGAGAAGAGCUAAGCAUUCAUACUUUUUGUGAUGGGAAGACGUUCAAGUCCCUACCAGCUGCUCAGGACCACAAGCGAAUUUUCGAUGGUGACCAGGGACCAAAUACUGGGGGCAUGGGGUGCUAUUGCCCUGUUAGAGCUGCAAUUCCGUCUAUGAUGCGAGACAUCGAGAGGUUGAUUAUCAAACCAACUCUAGAUGGAUUGAGAGAUGAAGGUGCUCCCUUUGUUGGGAUGCUAUUUACCGGAGUCAUGCUCACCAAAUCCGGCCCCAAAUGCCUCGAAUACAAUGCUCGUUUUGGCGAUCCAGAAGGCCAAACUCUCCUCCCACUGCUCGAAUCAGACUUAGCGGAAAUCAUGCUGGCUUGCAUCACUGGAAAUCUUCACCAAGUUGACCUGAUUAUGGAAAAUAAGUUCUGCGCAACAGUAGUUCUUGCUUCUAGAGGCUAUCCGGAGGAAUAUAAAACUGGCUAUCAGAUCAAUUUCCAGCCAUUCCACACGGAUGCAUCAUCUUCGCUAUGUAUGAGCACAGAAAAUCUGUUAGAGAAACGCGCUGUCAAAUCUCACGUGAGCUAUUUAGCUGCUGGAACAAGGCUCGAUCAAGAUGGUAUGUUCGUAACGAAUGGAGGACGGGUAAUAGCCGUCAUAGCAAAAAUGGAUACGCUGGAGAAAGCAAUCCGGAUGGUUUACCGAGGGGUAAAGAGAGUGUCGUUCGAGGGAAUGCAAUUCAGAAGGGAUAUUGCACAUCGUUCAUUACACCCCAUUGGAAGUGAAAAUAAUUAAACAAUCCAUCAAUUUUGCAUCACGG